AUGAGCCUUGCCCAUGAAAAAUCUCCUAUCGCGGCCAUUGAAAGCGCCCUGAGAAGCGCCCGAGUCAGAUAUUCGCUGAUUACACCGGAAGAAAAACAACUCCUUGUUUCCAAUGCAUCCACGCAUUUUCUAAGCCAAUUCCGUUCUAAUCCAUCCCUGCAUGUUCCGGAGGAACUCGAUCUCCAAAGAGCACCAGACUCCGCUAGUUCCCCCUCAAGCAUUGACGCGAUCAAAUCGGAUUUGGUAUACAAUGCUCUACUGGUACGUAAAUUCUACUACCGCGCAGAAACAACGAAUCGAGAAAAUAGGCUAGCAUACAGGGACCGCGAGUUCGAUUUGGGACUCACCCUGCUAGAAACUAGCUCCGAGAUAUUUUCUCGCUUCUGGUCUGACGUUACCGGAGAGAAGAACGCGAAAGAUGAGGAACGAACCAGGACGAUGUUCCUGCGUGCAAGCAUUCGGAUUGCAAUUAAUGAUUUUGACACGGCACUCCAGCACAUCCAAGGCGCGAUAGAAUACCUUGACCAAGGAGUGGUCUUUCCCUCUGAGGUAUACAAGGGACGAGAGUGGCUCCUUUGGGGUUGCAAAGCGGAAGCGUUGGAUGGCAAGGGCUGCUAUGACCAGGCCGAAACUCACUAUCGAAAGGCCCUCAGUCUCAUGCCAGAUAAUGUCAAGCACACCAAAUACCACGUGGGCUUGGGAAGGUGCCUACUUUCACAAGGAAAGACGAAGGAGGGGAGAUUGUACCUUCAGAGCUUUCUCAUAGAGCUGGAGAAGAAAUAUGACGUGGAUAACAAAGAUUGCCCUCUUGUUGGUUUUACCCUUUACUGGCUAGGGAACUCAUGCUUCGACGCCGGCCAUCUCUUAGAAGCAAUCGAACUCCAUGAGCGGGCUGUUCUGUGCUUGAAGUCAUCGUUGGGCGAAACCCACUCCAUUUUGGAAUGGCAAGCUACGAACUUGAUAUGGAUUAUUACAGUCGCAUCAUUACCCCAUCUUUUGGUGUUGAGUCUUCAGUUGUCGAGCCCACUCUCAAAUCUGCGCUUGACUACCUCGAGACAGCGACGAAGGUAUUUGGUUCCGCGAAUGAUAAAGAGUAUCGGGAGGCUGAGCUUACAGGCGUCUCGGGCCAAAUCUGCCUUAUACAGACGGGGUCUUGCUGAAGGAAGAAGCGAAUCUGGAAUUCACAAAGGCCACCGGGAUGGUCGUAAAAGCACAUUAAUGGUCGACCUGUGGUUUAGCUAG